CUUUUAAUAACAAUAUCUGCCAAAUGCAUUAAUAUUAAUUGUUUUGGAACAAAUUCAUAUUUUUUAACAUUAACACAAAUAUGUGCAAUGUAAAAAAAUUAGAUAGGAAUUUAAAAUAGCAAAAACAAAGUUGUAUAUACAUCUAAUAGCAGUCAAACACUCAUGUUCUUAGCAGAAAUGAUGAUGAUGAUGAAGAAGAAGAUGAUGCUGAUGAAGGCAGUGUGGGCUGCAUGUGUGUUUCUGUGUGUGUUUCCCGCCCGUGGAGUGUGUUUCUCUCGUGGGGCGAGCGUCUCAUCAUGUGUGAACAUGAAACCCGGUCACAUCAGCUCCUUCCCACAACACACACACACACACCCCACCGUCAGCGUACGCACCAGCCGAUCAGUGUACCUGCCACAACACACACUCACAGUAACGGUCCAGAGUUCCCGGGCGUUUAUGGGGUUUCUGCUGCAGGCUCGCUCUGUUGUGGAGGACCGUGUGGUCGGCGGUGAGUUCACGCUCCACCCUCCGAGCACACACACGCUGUCCUGCCUCAGUCCAGACGACACCGUCACACACUCGGACAAGAUGCUCAAGAGGAACCUGUCCUUCAGCUGGAGAGCCCCGACACACCCCAGCGGAGACCUGCGCUUUUACAUCACACUGGUUCAGUCCUAUUUUGUGUACUGGUCUCGAAUCAAAUCGGCAGUGGUGCAUGAUGGGACACGUAGUUCACAGAACACUGACAGCGUUACAGGACAACCAAUGGCAAGCAGGACAGACACCAACACACAAUCGUUAAAAGCACACACCAACACGCAGUCAACACACAACACAUACACAACCCCAACUUUUAACACACACACUAACACACAAUCGUUAAAUGCAUCACAUAACUUACACAUUAACACACACUCAACACACAACACAAACACACACUCAACUCCUAACACACAAACUCCAUCUUUUAACACACAAACAAUCACACAAUCAUCAAAUGCCACUAAAACACCUCUGUCCUCGUCUACACAGACUUCCCCAAACACAUCUUCAUCUCAGAGCAUCUCAACACUUAACACACCAACACCAAAUAACACACACCAAACCUCUGCUAACAACACACACACCGUACCAAAUCCACUGUUACAGACUCAUGCUUCACUUCAGAUGACAAUGCAACACACACACACCUACACACCUCCAUCACACACUCAUAGCACACAGUCCUUCGAUGCAUCCCUCCAUCCCAAACCCUCACCGGCUCUACGACAAGCCGACUUCUUCUCAUCCCGGGAGCCCACAGAGCGUGCCAUCUCCCUGACCCAGCACAAAAAACACCCAUUUGAUCUGUUUGGAGAUGUUCUCAGUCGCCCAAAACAGGCCAAAGCCCCGUCUGGAGUCCCGGAGAGAGGCAUGAAGAGGCCGGAGCACGUGCCCAGGCAGAGUGCACCUGAGCUGGGUCUGCUUCUGGGUCUCUCAGCUGCGCUCGGCAUGGCCAUCGCUGUGGGGCUCCGGUACCUGCAGAGGAAACACUGUCGCAAACGAACAGCCGUGUCGCUGAACGACCGUAGCCAUGACGACAGAGGCAUCAUGCAUGUGCAGGAGUGCGGAGAUCUGGUGCAGGUGCGGAAAAUACGGCAGAACAGUGUCCUGGUGCUGCAGGCCGAGUAUAACCUCAUCACACCGAGCGGGAACUGAACACGUGCACGGAUAUGGUUUAUGAAAGAAAUCACAAAUUAAAAAGUUUGGGGUUGAUCAGAUUUGUGCAUGUUUUUGAAUAGAGUUUCUUCUGCUCAUUAUGGCUGCAUUUAUUUGAUCAAGAAUUCAGUUAAAACAUUUAUAUUGUGGAAUA